AUGACGCGUCUACCCUUGGAAACAAUAGACUUACUAAAACAAACACUCAAUCUUUACAAUACCAUUGAAAUAAAUAACAUUGUCGUAUUCACAAAGGAACUACAGUAUGUAGGAACAUUUGGCUUUGAUGAUCAACAAACACUCCCAGAAUUGUCUGAAGCAGGAGUAGCUGAAUAUCGCAAACUUGUCGACGCAAUAGGUUCGAAUGAUAAGAAGUUGGUUAGUUUCGAUACGGGACCAAGUGAAAAGUACAUAUGUCACGUAAUGGAUAAAUUUGUUGUAUUGUAUCGGUUAAAAGCCCCGGUUGAAGAAGAAAGUGACAUUCAGAUUGAUGAUAUUACGACCUCUCACGGUUAA